ACCAAUUUGCUUCCUUGUUGUCAAGAUAAUUACUUGGACAACCAUUUCUUUCUUCAUAUUCAUUCUGCUCAAAUCCUUCACCGAAGCUGCAACAUUCCUUCCACAAAACUAGACUUUGGGGACAAAUAUGGCUUCGGCCGACAUUGCAGACUCUGCUACAAAGAGGCAAUAUCUACUUGAGACUUCUGACCACACGAGCUCACCUGAGGACAAGAUUCGUGCAAAUAAUCAACGCCUUAAGAAAUUAUUACCUCUCGGAAACUAUGAUGACCUCAACGUCGAAACCCCAGUCAGUUCUCCGUCCGAACUUAAGGAGGCAGUUACGAAAGCAUUGGAAGCGAAAGCGACAGACGUAUGUGAUUUGAAAGAAAAACUCCGUGAGUCAGAGCUGGCUAGGAAAUCAAGCGAAAAUGAAGCAGCUAAACUAAAAUUAAGAGCCGAUCAGCUAUCGGACGAUUAUGCAACCCUUGCCCAAGAAAAGAAAGACUUGCAAGACGAGCUGGACAAGAAGAACGCAUUGCUAGGUCGCGAGCAGGGUCGACGAGCCAACCUUGAAAAAAAGUUGGAAGACGCACAAACCGAAAGCUUAGAAAAAUUGGGACAACUUGAGGACCUCAAAGACGCUCUAAACGGGGAAAAGGAGUUACGACAUAAGAACGAAGAUAAACUUGACGAGCAGAUUUUUAUGUACAAAACGACCUUAGAAGUUCGAGAUAAUGAGUUGAUGAAUGAAAUAGCGAAGGCUAAAAAUAUUGCAGAGGAAGCGAAAAAGAAGGACGAGGAGCAUAUAAAAUUUCGACAUGGAAUGACAGAACGUCACAGGAUGAACGAAAAUUUCCUUAAGAACCUAGUGAACAAAGGCCUGGAUAAGGUCAAAGAUUUGGAACUGAAAUUAGCAUCUGCGGAGGCACAAUGUGAUAUCCUCAAGCCAGAGAUGGACAAACUUAAAGGGGAGAAUGACCGGCUAAAUAAGGAUUUAGAUGCGGCAAGAAAAGAGGCAAACAAGGCAGAAAAGGAAAAGGACAAAUUUGAAAAACUUUACACCGAUGAGAACGCAGAAUGUCGAACGCUGCAGGAUGACUUGAUCAAAUUAAAACUUACGGACAAACUUGAUUUGAUUGACUUGGACCAUGUUGUUGGCGAUUACAAUGAAAUCCUCGAUAAAGAGGAGGCCAGGCAGCGUUCCACCAGUGGUCGUGGCCCCCGACGAGGACGCACAAAAGAUCAAAACAACAAUGAAAAACCCGAACAAAAUUUGUUAUAAAGUGGAUGAUUUACCAAGUCUAAAAUUUUUAAUGGGAACAUUCAGUCGAUUUGUUUUCUGAUGGUUUUAUUAUCUAGAAAUAUUAUCAUUCGAGUCAGUAAACUUGUUUUGAUGUAGCUUAAAUUAGUAAAGACUUUGUUAAUGUCGAAUUUAUUGAAAUAAA